CUCUCAACUUACUUAUAAAUGGACAGCAACCCACAUUCUCCUUGUCACUUGCGACUUCUGUCUCCUCCCUCCUUUGUUUUCUUCCUCUCUGCAACAUCAACACCCUCUUCUUCUUCUCCUUCUCCUCUGUUUUUUACAUCAAUUUUCCAUCCCUUUUCCGGGUCUCCAGGUCUCUUUGCAUUGGGAAGUAGAGUGGUUAUGACAAACCAAGCAAACAUGGUGAUUUCCGAUGCAAAAUCAGGCCUGACGAGGGCUAUAGCAGUUGCCCUCUCCGAGUCCUUCUCGCCGCAACUGGUCUCGCAGUACUUCACCAGGAAGAAGUUGCUCAAGAAGCUCGAGAGCUACGGCAAUGAUGCCGGGAUCAACGCUUUCCUCGACUCAAUGCGGGCUUCUUCCCCCACCCGCCGGUCCUCAGACGCUGAACAUCAAGAUUCUUGGACUCUCCGCCAUCCCUCGGCUCUGAGCAUGUUUGAGGAAAUAAUGGAUGCAUCAAAAGGGAAGCAGAUAGUUGUUUUUCUUGAUUAUGAUGGAACUUUAUCGCCCAUUGUCGACGAUCCAGACCGUGCUUUCAUGACUAGUGAGAUGAGAGAAGCCGUAAGGGACGUCGCCAAGCUUUUCCCGACGGCCAUUGUGAGCGGGAGGUGCCGAGCUAAGGUCUAUAAUUUUGUAAAACUGUCCGAGCUUUAUUACGCGGGUAGUCAUGGAAUGGACAUCAAGGGACCAGCCAAAGGACAUCGAAAAGGAAAUCAAACUGUCCUCUGCCAACCUGCCAGAAAAUUCCUGCCGAUGAUAGAUGAGGUCUACAAAUGUUUGAUAGAGAAAAUUGAGCACAUCCCGGGAGCAAAAGUCGAGAACAACAAGUUCUGUCUGUCUGUGCACUACCGUUGCGUCGAGGAAAAGAGGUGGGGUGAAUUAGCUGAUCAAGUUAAAUCAGUGAUCAAGGACUAUCAACAGCUGAGAUUGAGUCAAGGGAGGAAAGUGUUGGAGAUUCGUCCCACUAUAAAAUGGGACAAAGGAAAUGCACUUGAGUUCUUGUUGGAAUCAUUAGGAUAUGCAGAAACAAACGAUGUUUUUCCAGUCUACAUAGGGGAUGAUCGUACGGAUGAGGAUGCAUUUAAGGUUUUGAGGAACAGAGGACAAGGCAUAGGGAUUCUAGUGUCGAAAAGUCCUAAAGAAACGAACGCUCCGUACACGUUGAAAGAACCGUCCGAGGUUAUGCAGUUUCUAAAAGGGUUGGUGGAGUGGAAGAAAAGAGGUUGUCCCUGUCCCUGUCCCUGUCCUUGUCCCUACUAAGGCAAUAUUAGAGCUGAGUGCUUCCCUUUAACGUAGAUGAUGACACAAAUCAACUGCCCUGUCCUGCUGGUUUUAUGAGGGGUGGGGUAAUUCAACUUAUGUACUUUUCUUUAGUUUGUAGUUGUAAUUUAAUCCCAAAGGGGAAUUUUUGUAUUUAAUACAAAAUGCUACUAGAAUCAUUUCAUCAAA